CAGCUGUGGCCCCUCUCACCUCCCCCGUCACAGUCAUACCUUGACGCCAUCGUCAUCAUCAUCUCCUUGUGUAUCUCUUUCUCUCAACCUGCUGUGGAUAUUCCCUUUCCAUUACAAUGAGCCAACCUCAGCUCUGGUCCAAGGACCCCAACCCGGCCGGUUCCCUCUGGCAGAAGCCUCUCGUGUCACCCACCGCCUCGCAACACAUCCCCGAUGCUGCACCGCUGUCCCCAGCCGAGGCGCGCGUCAAGAACCCGGGCAAGCGGUAUGCCCAGAUCGUCAAGCUGAAGCCGGAGCAUUACGAUGAGUACAAGAAGGUGCACGCCGCCGUGUGGCCCGAGGUAUCGAAGCAGAUCAAGAACUGCAACAUUGUGGACUACAGCAUAUUCUACGAUGACCUGACGCACAUCUUGUUUGCGACCUUCAAAUACGUCGGCUACGAUUACGCAGGCGACAUGGAGAGGAUGCGGGAGAACCCCAAGGUGCUCGAGUGGUGGAGGAUGACGGACAAGUUCCAGGAGUCGUUCGUGCCAGACGCCAAGAGCAGCGAGGCCGGCGAGCCCUCGUGGUGGAAGCCCAUCGAGGAGGUCUUCUACCAGGCCUAAGAGGUUUAGGUCCAGGUCUAAGGUGCAGUGGCCGACAGACCUAACCUGCUCCUGCUGGUCAUCUCGUGUGCAUCCGAGCUUGUUGUCGUGUCAUAGAUCACGAAGAAUUGGCCAUCCUAGACUUUUGACUUUUCAAAAAAGAAUCAUAGCCUUAAGAUCCG